AUGACAACCCCAACAAGCGAACAUAUCUCAACCUCAACCACCACGCCACGAUCUCCACCCACUCCAAGCGCAUCCUCCCACAUUGGCAGUAGCAGCGGCACCAGCAACAUCCUCAGCCCGAGCAGCAUCCACAGCAGCGGCGGCAGCGCCAUCGACAGUCCCCACAGCCCCUCCGAAGCGCCAACGAAAACCACCUCGACUCUCGAGCUCGAAGCCAUAACGCUCCACCUCUACAACCUAGUCGCGACCUCCCAAUUCUCACAUCCAGAUUUCGAGCGAUACAUAGUCCCGGACUUCACCGCGCACGUGGAGCACUCGACGCAGCCGGACGUGACAUCGCGCGAGCAGCUGAUGACGCGAUAUCGCGAGGUCAUCGAGGGCACGCCGAAUUAUCGCACUGAGAUUCAGAGCAUCGCGGCGGACGUCGACGAGGAGAAAGGGACGGCGAUGGUCUGGAUGAAGUUGCGCGUCACGGCGCAGGAGGUGCAGAGACAGAGCGUGACGGUCACGUAUUGGGAACGGGUGAAGGGGUGUUGGAGGUGUCUGAUGCAGGAUGGGAUUCGGGGAAUGGGAGAUGAUGAGUGA